UACCGAGAACCAAUGCUCAGUCGUGUACGAUCUUUUCACUGGUACGCUACAGAGCGUAAUCAACAGCCUUAGCCUUAGCCUAAGUUCGCAUCUGGCUGGGCCUAAGGUCUAUUAUAUAAUCGCUCUAUUCUCUAGUGGUUUUUCCUGCACAGCUUGGAAAAGUCCGAUUGUGUCGAACGGUACCAGAUAAACAGAGUGCCUUCGGGAUAGUAACUGCCGGUUACUAACUAAAUCACCAUGGAGGACGGCCAUUGCAAGUCCGUCGAAGAAAUUGUCUCCUUCUUCCGGGUGGACACGGAUAAGGGUCUCUCCACCGAUCAGGUUAAGGAAUAUCAGCGAAAAUAUGGUCCCAAUGAGCUCCCAGCUGAAGAGGGAAAAACCAUCUGGCAAUUAGUCCUGGAACAGUUCGAUGAUCUGUUAGUUAAGAUUCUGCUGUUGGCUGCUAUUAUCUCAUUCGUCCUCGCCCUGUUUGAAGAGCAUGAAGGUGUUGAAGCCUUCGUGGAACCGUUCGUCAUCUUGCUUAUCCUGAUUGCCAACGCUUGCGUUGGUGUGUGGCAGGAACGCAAUGCCGAGUCCGCUAUUGAGGCUCUGAAGGAGUACGAGCCCGAGAUGGGUAAGGUCGUCCGUAGCGACAAGUCCGGUGUGCAGAAGGUGCGCGCCAAGGAGAUCGUCCCCGGAGACGUCGUUGAGGUGUCGGUCGGUGACAAGAUCCCCGCCGAUAUUCGUCUGAUCAAGAUCUUCUCCACCACCAUCCGUAUCGAUCAGUCCAUCCUGACCGGAGAGUCCGUGUCCGUGAUCAAGCACACCGAAGCCAUUCCCGAUGUCCGCGCCGUCAACCAGGACAAGAAGAAUAUUCUGUUCUCCGGUACCAACGUUGCCGCCGGUAAGGCCCGUGGUAUUGUUAUCGGAACUGGUUUGAACACCGCCAUCGGUAAGAUCCGUACCGAGAUGUCCGAGACUGAGGAAAUCAAGACCCCCCUGCAGCAGAAACUGGAUGAAUUCGGUGAGCAGCUGUCCAAGGUUAUCACCCUCAUCUGUAUUGCCGUCUGGGCUAUCAACAUUGGUCACUUCAAUGAUCCCGCUCACGGUGGCUCGUGGAUCAAGGGUGCUGUGUACUACUUCAAGAUCGCCGUCGCUCUCGCUGUCGCUGCUAUCCCAGAAGGUCUGCCAGCUGUCAUCACCACUUGUCUGGCUUUGGGUACCCGCCGUAUGGCCAAGAAGAACGCUAUUGUCCGCUCCCUGCCAUCCGUCGAAACCCUGGGUUGUACCUCGGUUAUCUGCUCUGAUAAGACUGGUACACUGACCACCAACCAGAUGUCCGUUUCGCGUAUGUUCAUCUUCGAGAAAGUUGAAGGUAAUGACAGCAGCUUCUCUGAGUUCGAAAUCUCCGGCUCCACUUAUGAACCAAUCGGUGAGGUUACCAUGAAGGGCCAGCGAGUCAAGGCUUCGGAUUAUGAAACCCUGCAGGAACUGGGUACCAUCUGUAUCAUGUGCAAUGACUCCGCUAUUGAUUUUAACGAGCUGAAGAAAGUAUUCGAAAAGGUCGGUGAAGCCACUGAAACCGCACUGAUUGUCCUGGCUGAGAAGAUGAAUCCCUUCAACGUUGCCAAGCAGGGUCUGGAUCGUCGCUCGUCUGCUAUCUGCGUCCGUCAGGAAAUUGAAACCAAGUGGAAGAAGGAAUUCACUCUGGAGUUCUCCCGCGAUCGUAAAUCUAUGUCCAGCUACUGUACUCCGCUUAAGGCCUCCAAGCUCGGAAACGGACCAAAACUGUUCUGUAAGGGUGCCCCAGAAGGUGUCCUGGAUCGUUGUACGCACGCCCGUGUCGGAGGAUCCAAGGUCCCACUGACCCAAACCCUGAAGAACCGCAUCCUGGAUCUGACUCGCCAGUAUGGUACUGGACGUGACACUCUCCGUUGCUUGGCCCUGGCCACCGCUGAUAGCCCAAUGAAGCCCGAAGAUAUGGAUCUGAACGAUUCCAACAAGUUCUACACUUAUGAAGUCAACCUGACCUUCGUCGGUGUUGUUGGUAUGCUUGAUCCCCCACGUAAGGAAGUUCAGGAUUCGAUUGUUCGUUGCCGUGCCGCUGGUAUUCGCGUCAUUGUCAUCACUGGUGAUAACAAGGCUACUGCUGAAGCUAUCUGCCGUCGUAUCGGUGUCUUCGGUGAGGAUGAGGAUACCACUGGCAAGUCCUACUCCGGACGUGAAUUCGACGAUCUGGCAAUCAGCGAACAGCGUGAGGCUUGUUCCCGUGCCCGUCUGUUCUCCCGUGUGGAGCCCGCACACAAGUCUAAGAUCGUUGAGUAUCUGCAGAGCAUGAACGAAAUCUCCGCUAUGACUGGUGAUGGUGUGAACGACGCCCCUGCUCUGAAGAAGGCCGAAAUCGGUAUUGCCAUGGGUUCUGGUACCGCUGUCGCCAAGUCCGCAUCCGAGAUGGUGUUGGCUGAUGACAACUUCUCGUCCAUCGUUGCCGCCGUUGAGGAAGGUCGCGCCAUCUACAACAACAUGAAGCAGUUCAUCCGCUAUCUGAUCUCCUCCAACAUCGGUGAGGUCGUGUCCAUCUUCUUGACUGCCGCUCUCGGUCUGCCAGAGGCUCUGAUCCCGGUUCAGCUGCUGUGGGUCAACUUGGUUACUGAUGGUCUCCCAGCUACCGCCCUUGGCUUUAACCCACCAGAUCUGGACAUCAUGAGCAAACCACCCCGCAAGGCCGAUGAAGGUCUCAUCUCUGGCUGGCUCUUCUUCCGUUACAUGGCUAUCGGUGGUUAUGUCGGUUGCGCUACCGUCGGUGGUGCCUCCUGGUGGUUCAUGUACUGCGACCAGGGUCCUCAGCUCACCUACUGGCAGCUGACCCACCAUCUGUCCUGCAUUGCUGGUGGUGAUGACUUCAAGGGAGUCGACUGCAAGAUCUUCAACGACCCACACCCAAUGACCAUGGCUUUGUCCGUUCUGGUCACCAUUGAGAUGUUGAACGCCAUGAACAGCUUGUCUGAGAACCAGUCUCUGGUCACUAUGCCCCCAUGGUCGAACAUGUGGCUCAUCGCUUCCAUGUGCCUGUCGUUCGCCCUGCACUUCGUCAUUCUCUACGUUGAUGUCCUUUCGGCUGUGUUCCAGGUCACCCCACUGAACGGAGACGAAUGGCUCACUGUGAUGAAAUUCUCGCUGCCAGUCGUGCUGCUUGAUGAAAUCCUCAAGUUCGUCGCCAGAAGAAUUUCCGACGCCCACCCCGAGUUCCAUUAAAUCAACACACCCAAUAAGCAUCCUAUUGCGCUUCAUCAGCUCUACAAAAAAAGCUCAUAAUUAUACUCCGUUUAUCCCGAUCCACAACCAAUCAAAUACAACCGCAAAAAAAAACAAUAUACAGACACGCUUCACAGUGCGACCUUGCCCCGGUAAGGUUGUAUUGGUACCUGAACAAAGAAACGGUGGGACUAAAACAAGCGAACAAUCAACACACAAAGAACCUGCGGUAUCACAGUUCUGUGUCAUCAUCCCAUUGACAACCAUCAUUUUGUGUAUGUGUACCCAAACAUCCCAAAAAACCCCCGAAAUACCACCACAAGGAAAUACGUCCUACGUGAAGCCAUCGCAUCCAGUGAUUAUCCUGAAACAGAACGAAACCAAAUCAACUCCACCGCUAACAACAACCAUACGAAAACAAAUCCUCCAAUCCUGUGUUGACGAUGCGACAACGUGGCUUUGGCGAUUCAGAGCUAUGCUUGAGUGUGUGAUUCCUAAAUGUCAGGUAUUGACAAUAGUGUAAUGUACAGCGUAAUAGGUUUAUAUAGCAACACAACACAGACAACACGUCGUCAUGAAGAAUCCUUCCUGUUGUUCAUCUAGGAAGUGCUUUCUCGAGGCUUCUCGAUCUCCCCACCGCGUCAUCCCUUCGUGAAACAAACCACGCCCUUCAGACCUGAAUUACCACGGGUAACGUGUGCGCGGAUGGGCGUUGGAUUGUGUGCGUGAUCUCGAACGCUUUACAAUCUCCCCCCAAAAGCUUACAAUUUGAUGAGUUGAUAUUUCCAAAAAUUUUCCCCCAAAUCCACGCUUACUAUUUACAAUGUUUUAUUGCUACAAUUAUUGUCACGCGAUCUUUUCCCCCCUCUAGUGGAUAAGUGUGGCACCGCGCGGUGCACGCAACGAACUUAAUUAACACAUAUUCUCUCUUUCUUUUCUCAAAUACUAUUUUCAAUUUUUCACCCCUCGUUACUUCACACCUGCAGCCAGCGACGUUAUCAAGACCUGGGAAUAAACUACAACUUUGAGAACAAAAUCAAGUUUUAUUUCAGCAAACACUCUAUAUUCAACGCGGUAGUGCAAUUAUAGGAGGUUUCAUAAGUGCGAAUCAAUGAAAAAAAAAAAACAGUGAAAGUUAAAUAUCAUUUAAUAAACAUAGGAAGAAUGCAAACAUCGAUUUCUUCUAGUGAGAAGUAUUAAAACGCGAGUAGCGAAACAACAGAAAUAAAAAAAAACAAACAAAAUCUUGGUUUUCGAUAACUAAUCAAAGUGUCCACAGAGAGAGUUCUUUUUCCUUUUCUCGUUUUACGGAAGAACAAAUUCGAAUUUAUACCAGGUAAAAAAAAUAGUGAGCGUGUUCCUGAAAGAAUUUAAAAUCAUCAACGAGUUUUGCCGAUGUUUUGUUGAAAGUCGUAGAGAAGAAAUCAGACGAGAAAAAAAAUAACACACAUUGGGGUAGGAUAGAACGUACAUUAACAACAACAACACCAACGACUUUUACUUUUUUCUAGUGAAAAUGAACAAUUGAAGACAUUUUUUCUCUCAUUUAUUAACGUUAAGUUUCGAAAUGUCAUUAUUUUGUCGCCCUUUAGCUGUACUUUUUUGCCUGUUGAUUUCCGAGAAGCUUAUGUCACUCUAGUUAAUUUAUUAUGCUCGUAAUUAUAUGAGAUAACCAUGUAAAUAAGUUAAUUGAAUAAAGUGAACAGGUCGAAAAUAGAGAGACUCCUUCUUCUUGUUGAAUUGUGUAGAUCGUUGAAGUUGGACUUGAAACAACUUAGUUAACAAACAACUUAAUUUAGAAAAGGAAAAAAAAUGAAAAACGAAAAAUUCAUUGUGUGACGUUGACCGCCAUCUUUAAUUUUGUAUCAUUUCAUCAAUUGUUUAACAAAACAAACAAGUUACAGUUUCAAGAAAAAUAAAAUAAAAAUCUCAAAACUA